AUGUUCUCGGACAUUGGCACACAAACAUCCUUGGAGUCCAUCAGCUAUGUCACGUCCCUUGGGUUAGAUUUCUUUGAACAAUUGAGGAGCGCCGACUUUCAAGAACGCAAUAAUCUCACCCGGCGAAAGACCCCUCUAUUCCGACAUUUUCUCUCCGAAGCAUUGGAUUAUGCUCCGAUGACUUCUACCAAGACUGAUUUGCGCCAGUUGAUAACGGACGACGCAUCUCACCCCAAUUUGGGUUGGACACUCUACAACUCUUCACCCCUAGAUUGCUACCUAAAGAUAAACCGUGACGGCAUUAUGAAAUGUCCUCUACGAGAGCGAGGAUAUGUUUUCUGGGACUCAAAGAGGAUCGCUAACCCAUAUGUGGAUAAGGCACUCCAACUGGCUCGGAACAUGAAUGAGAAGCAAGUGGACGCUAUUUACGGCCCCGAAGCUCAUAGGAGUGUCGAGAGCAGGCUUCGGGGCGUCCGCAUGCCGCAGGAAGUGUUGGAUAUGGCGAUGGAAAAUUUUGGAUCUUUAUGA